AUGAGUGGAGACCAAGGAGCGUUCGAAUGUUCCCUAAGGGACGGCGAUUCGGAAGAAUCGCCGUGCGUUGCCAGAGACGUUGACUCGUACGGAAUAGAAUCAUUUCACACAUCUUCUUUAUCUUCAUUCAAAGAAUCGUAUGAUAGGCUGGAAUCGUUUUCUAUGCUUACCUUCAAUGCUGGUCUCUUUGAGUUUAGGCUAUUUGGUAUGGGACUCUAUCAUAAUCCACCCUUUACCACAAAGAGACUCAAACAUAUUCCUGGAAAGUUGCGCAGAGCAAACGCAGAUGUUGUGGCUAUCCAAGAGAUAUAUCUGAAAGAACAUGCAAAUUUUAUUAUAAAGGAGCUUAUUGAUUUAUAUCCUUACGCAACCAGAGAUAGCUAUAUACCAAAUGACAAUAUAAGGUCGAUUUUUGUUGAGGACAAGGGUGUUGUACGCAAGAAUAAUAAAAUGGGAAUACCCUUGCUACAUAGCGGACUAUUAUUUUUGAGCAAGUUUCCCAUUAUUGGUGCUAAGUUUCAUCCCUGGAUAGAGUUAACUUAUUUAGAGGCUAUGUUUUCGAACAAGGGGUUUUUGGAGGUUCUUGUCAAUAUUCCCACGAUUGGAAAGGUUGCCUUUUAUAACAUGCAUAUGGCCAGUGCGAGUAUAAAUCCAGAAUCCAGACAUAUUGAGGAGCUGCGCCUUGAGGAGGUUAAGCAGUUGCUGGCUACAACAGAGAGUACCUCAUCCAAAGGCUUCAUUCCAAUAAUUAUUGGCGAUUUAAAUGCUGCUCCAAACACGUGUGCAUCGAAUUAUACUUACUUUAUUGAUAAGGGCUGGGGGGAUUCGUAUCUAAUGGCUAAGAAUUUUGGAUCUGGAUCAAGGAAAUGGAGUCUAUCUCCCACUAACAAGAAUGACCAAACUGAAAAGCGUAAGAAAAAACGAAUAUCAAUAGAUCCGGUUUUUGGAACUUCAGAAGAUUCCAUUGGAAAUUGUGAGACUUCCAGUCAGGACGCAUACCCCCCUUUUAAUCCGGAUGUUAGUACUGGUGCAACCAAUAGAUCUGAAACAUCUUCUAGUGUCAUUGCAGAUGCUGAGCCUGCAACUUCCGCAAAGCAAAAUAGGUGGAGCAGGUUUUUCAAAGACGCAACCCUAUGGAGAAAUAUACGCUCAGUCUAUAGUGAUCGGUCCAACACGAGUACACGUAAGGGAAAGAUUUCCAUAAAGAGGGUAGCCCUUCCUCGUAGAACAAGUAGAUCUAUGCGGAGGAAAACAUCAAAGAUUUUACCAUUACCAUGUGAUAGUGGAGUAACAAAGACAUUUACACUGAACCACAGCAAAACAUUUAAAGUUCGAAGGGGGAGCCAGUUUGAUGAAGAUGGGUUCAUUCUUGAUGACGAUUUAAAGCCGAUAUCUGGCAGGAGUAAUUAUGAAGAGAGUAAUAGCACAUGUAAUUUGUGCGGUGAGAUUGGCAAAAUGUGUGGAGGUGCUGGCCAUGCCAAAAGGCCAUGGAGAAGAAAAAUAUACAAGCCCUUUUUCGUGAUUUCUCACAAGGGAAAAUCAAGAUGGUGGAGGCGCAAAACUGCCAAAUCAUACACGUGGGAUCCUGAGAAUCCUUUAAAUAAGAUUGGGCCGCAUUCAAGUUGCAAUGGACUGAGAUGCGAUUACAUCUUUUUACCCCCUGCAGAUAUUUCUGGAAACCUUGCUGACUAUGUCCCAAAGAGCAGCGAAAUUCUAUUCAAGGACCCUACUGUUGCUAUACAUCGCAAUAAAUCUGGCUGUGGCUGUAUUUUCUCAAUGCUAAGCAGUUUUGAAAGGGUUAUGCUCGUAACACUCUCUGAUCACUAUGCACUCAAGAUUGUCAUGACCUUGAAGUGAUGUUUAUCUAUU